UUUUGGUUUGAGAUUUAAAACAAGCUUUAUUUUGAUGAAUGAAAAAUAAAAAAACUACAACGAGGAUUAGCAUAGGCUCAUUCUGUAAACAACUGCACUAUAAUUAUUAUGUAUAAUGAGUUGAAAUGGAUUUUUUAUAACUUUUAAGGAACACAUUUUGUUUUAGCGGAUGCAAAUGGAGCCACAAAAUGUGAGGAAAACGAUUUGACAUUUCAGUGUCUGAGGAUAAUAAGAUUUUAUGAAGAAUUUUUGUGUCUUCUGAUAUAAGUCAUGUUGCGGAUUGUGAUCAUUUCUAGCCUUCUUAUAUCAGUCUUUGGACAUAACGAAAAUCAGUGUUUCAUUCCAGAGAACAGGACGUGUCAAACACCAGGAUACAAUCUGAAAGGAUGUUUAUGUCGCUGUUUCAAUAAUAUAACUGUCAAUACAGAUUAUUUACGUAUAAACUUCUCUAACUGUGUUGCCGUACUACAAACAUGUUCGUUUUACAAAUUAUGGUUUGACGUGAUUUUCAUGAACCAAAACGGGAAGGUUAUUGCUUUAAAAGAGGAAACAUAUGUGAAUCACAAGAGGAAUUCGAAAGAAAAAUCGCAAAUUUUUCCUUUGUACAAGUUAAGUAAACCGCUGGAAAGAAGAAAUCCCUUCCACGACCGGGUCAAUUAUGUAAAAUUACAGUUGAUGAAAAAUUACACUGUUUUGAUUAAACCACACUGUACAGCAUGUGACAAUUCCUGCAGAAACAUCAGACAUUAUAUAAAAGGUGUUAGAAAGUUCAUGACAUCAACUAUACUGCCAGAAAAUCCAAAUAAAGGUGCCAUUUGGAUGCUUUUGGUAAUCGUAGCAGGGGUCUUUUUACUAUCUAUUAUGCUGUCAGUAUUCAUUUUAACCAGGAGAAGAAAACAUUUUAUUCCUAAUACAGAUAGUUCGUCAAGAUUGAUUGAACAAAACAGAAAUGACCCGAACGUGUUCGGUAUGUUGUAUAUCGUACCUUUAUGUGAUGCUGAUCCGAAACAUGUGGAGCAUUUAGAGCAAUGGUUUCAUAAUAAAACUACUUGCCGUCUUGUUCAACCUGAAUAUCUAAUGGUGAGGUGUAACAAUGGCAACCUGAAUGUAGCACGGAAUUUCUCAAAAGACACUGUUAUCCUCGUCGUUCUUUCAAACAAUAUGGUGAUAACCUUUUUGAGACAGUGUUAUGAUAAUAGUAAAGACCCAUGGAAUGAUUCUCAUUUUUGUUUUCUACAAAAUAUUAUUGAAUCCAUUGAAUCAUUUCCUUCAAUGUAUUUUGUGACGUACGACAGUGAAAUGAAACGUACUGUCCUAGAUUUUGACUCUAACAAUAAACUUAAUGAUCUCAUGCAAAGACUAAUUGUAAUGUCCAAUUGCCCAGCAGAAAAAAAAUUGCAAUUAGACCGUGUUCUGAAUUUUAUAUAUAUUUCAAACCAACCCACUAUUGUUUAACAUUGAUGAACAGUUUAUAUUUUAUAUUUGCUUUAUAGUUGUAGCUUAUUAGCUAUUAGCGCAAUUCUUAACAAUAGUUGACACACUUUUAUUUUUGCUUCUUGUAUAUUUUAUUCCUAUCAGACAUAACUUACUUGAGUGUUAAUUUUAUAUUAUAUGCGUGUCAGUUUCUUUUGGUUUUAGAUUGUCCAAUGAAAUGCUACCAAAUGCAUGUAUCUUGAAAAAAGGAAGUACCUCACCGUUGUAUAUCAAAAUCAUUAAUAGUUAUUUCCUUUUUAUUAAGCUCCAAAUGACUUCAAAAUCAGAAUGGUUUUAAGUUAAAUUGACAACAUGCAAAAAUUAAAAUAUACAAUUGUUUUGGGUUUUUUUUGCCCGUUUUUAUGCAAUGAUAGUUUCAAUUUGUAUGUCUGUAAGUAACACUUCUGGCAAUAUUCGCUUCUUAUACUACUUUUAUCUACUAAAUUUUUAUCAGAAGAGUUUGUCCAUAUCAAACCACCAAAAGUACAUUUAGGUGCAUUCAGUAAACAGUUAUCAAAGGUACCAGGCUUUUAAUUUGAUACACGAGACGCACGCGCGAUUCAUCUACAUAAGACAUAUCAGUGACGCUCAUAUCAAAAUUUUUAGAACCGAUGGCUGAUUAAUAGCUGAAAAUCUGAUUAGUAUGUACUGUUUGUGCCUCUAGUUUCGUUGUCAGUUAAAUUUCUUUCACAGAGUUAAAAUCUGUGUUAGUUUAGAACUGUGUAAUCUUCUUUUACAUUGAUUUAGAGAUGUAAAUCUAAAAUCUAGAUAAUCCCGCCAUGGGUACAAGCAUCUAAAAAUAUUCUCAGUUUUAUCCACAGUUUAUUAAUAAUUACGUAUCAGUUAUACUUAUGUCAACACAGUGAUACUCAAGGCAACAUAAUUCAAAACCAGUACUAGAUAGACGCAUAGCACAAUAUUACUUAAUGCUAAACCCUGUCUAGGAAACGAGGGAGAUAAAUGCCUUCAUUUUAUCCAAUGUGGGCGUGAUCACAUUCAAAUGUACCAAUAUAAACGUACCAGAUGCGUUUGUUUGGUUGAUGAUGUCUUUUAAGUAAUGCUCGAG